AUGGACAAACCAACUCAGUACUAUCUAUCCAAGCUUCUCAUUGGAUCGACCGUGAAAAGAUUCGACUCGAGACUCGAGAAACAAGAGUUGCAACUUCAAUUGAACCAACUAGCAAGACUGUCCUUUGCUCGGAAUGAAGGCCAUCUGCGCGCUUCACUUUUGCACCGUAACAGUCGGCUGAACCUCAGCGUAAGGACCAUACUCCAAGAAUAUAAAUGUAAACAUCCUCCAAAUAAAGGGAGGGCUUUAGUUACUCGACGGCAGCGUACGGACCUUGCUCUGACCGACUUAGAUUAA